UCCAAUUCGUAGCAGCAGUAUAUGUAGAUAUACGACCGAAAGUAGACCCCAUAGUCAGGAAUGAGAGUGCUUCAGUGAAAUAACAUGGCAGGGACUACAGUGAUAAGAACCUUGAUAUUCCUUGUAGUUUGCACAGCGAUUGCUUGCGCUACCAACUACAAGCUAUACUUCCAAGCAUCUAAUACAGAAGUGACGAUCGACUCCUUUGGGCGAUCACUAACAAUACAGCGAGAUGGAAAAGUUGUUCAGGACAUUGUCAUGGACCGGGAACUCCAAUCGGCAAACGAAUACGAAGAAACGCUCCGUGGAUUUGUGUUGCGUAACAGACGGGGAGCAGAAAUCGAGUUCACCAUAGAUGUAGACCAACCAGAUUUAUCGCUUCUGACCGUGGCCAGAAGAAGCCGGCACCGUUCAACGGAGGUUUCCGAUUGUGUGAAACUACGUGGCUCAAACUGGUUCGGAGGACCUGAGCAAAAGAACCAGUACUGGCCGAUUCAGAAGCUUCGCCUGCAUGACUACUCGUACUUAUCUAAGCAGGUGGAUAACUGCGCAGUUGCCGAACGCUAUUGGUUGAACUCGUUGGGUUCGUUUGUGUUCGUGGACGAUGAAACGCCACUGUUCUUGGACCAGAACUCUAGGAAACCGGGUUACAUGUGCUUGGAAGCAAAAAAGGCUCUUCCGUACGAUACUUAUGAUGAGACGUAUUCGUUUAUCUACCAGAUCGGGGUCGGUGUAGAUGCCAGAGAGGCUCACUUGGGUGCAGUGGUGAAUGUUCUUGGAAAACCAACAGGACAUCCGGCGGAGGAGAUGGUCAAGUAUCCGAUUUGGUCGACUUGGGCGCGCUACAAGCGAGAUAUCAAUGAGGCAGUGAUCCUGAAGCACGCUGACGAUAUUGUGAUGAACGGUUGGGCGAAUUCCCAGUUUGAAAUUGACGACUUCUGGGAGACAUGCUACGGAUCGUUGACCAUAAAUACUACGAAGUUUCCGGAUAUGAAGCAGACCGUGGCGGACAUCAAAGCUAAGGGACUACCACGAGUCACUUUAUGGGUUCACCCGUUCAUCAAUAAGGUUUGUGAACCUUUCUAUUCCGAAGCGAUGGAAAAGGGUUACCUGGUUACUGAUCACAAUGGCAACUCCGACCACUGGUGGUGGAACAGUGGAAUGAACGAAUCCGUCUCCAUAGACUUCACAAAUCCGGAAGCUGCCGAGUGGUAUUCUCAACGUCUGCGCAAUAUCCAAGAGCAGUACGGAAUCGACAGUUUCAAAUUCGAUGCCGGUGAAACCGAUUGGAUUCCUUUGGAUCCAGUGCUUAACGGACCUCCUGCCAAGCAUCCCACCCUGUACACGAAUGAUUUUCUACGAACCGUUGCCAAGUUCGGAGACUUGAUCGAAGUCCGUUCAACGCACCGCACCCAAGAUCUUCCAGUAUUUGUGCGCAUGCUCGACAAAGAUACCGAAUGGCAUGGUACAAACGGUCUUCCCACGUUGAUCACCACACUGCUACAGAUGAACAUGGCGGGUCACCCGCUGGUUCUGCCGGACAUGGUCGGUGGCAAUGGGUACGAUCCCGGGGUAGCCGAUGGUAACAACCCUCCUAGCAAGGAGCUGUUCGUCCGAUGGCUGCAGGCGAACGUGUUCAUGCCCAGCAUACAGUUCUCGUAUGUUCCGUUCGAUUUCGAUGAGGAAACGGUCAAAAUUUCCAAGGAGAUGACCAAUCUGCACGAGAAGUACACUCCGUUGAUAAUGGAGCGUUUUAGGGUGGCUGUUUCCGGUGGAUACCCAGUGAAUCCACCUAUUUGGUGGGUAUCUCCGGAAGAUACGGUUGCUCAGGAGAUCGACGAUCAAUUUCUUCUGGGCGAUGACGUUAUUGCCGCACCAGUCAUAGUUGAAGGCGCAAGGACUAGAGAUAUUUACCUUCCGGAAGGCGAAUGGAUCGAUGGAAAUCUGGGCACUGUUUACGAUGGCCCGAUAUGGAUUCGGGAUUAUGAAGCUCCCUUAAGCGUGCUGCCAUAUUUUGUUAGAAACAGUACAUAUCAAAGAUUGCAAUAAAUUGAAUAUGAAUUGUGAAUCACACUCUCUAUCAUCUGCUGGAA